UAGAUGAUGAUAAUGGUGUUUGAGAAAGGAGUAAAGCCAAAAUCAUCUAUUAACUUCCCUAAUCCAAAGAUCGGUUGUGCCAAUUCAAGAUCCCAACUAGUUGCAAUCAUCUAGGAUUUUUUAAAGGGUAUCCAUGCUUAUAUGAAGAAGAAAGAGAUCUGAUAUCUUACUUCUUCUGUCAAAACAACAAUGAAGUCUGAUACCCCUCUUGAUUAUGCUGCAUUCCAGCUCUCACCGAAACGUUCAAGAUGUGAACUAUUUGUUUCCAGUGGUGGAAACACAGAGAAGCUUGCAUCAGGUUUGUUGAAGCCAUUUGUCACUCAUUUGAAGGUUGCAGAGGAACAAGUUGCAUUGGCCUUACAAUCUAUCAGGCUUGAAGUGGAUAGACAUAAAAAUGUUGAAUCAUGGUUCACAAAGGGAACAUUGGAGAGGUUUGUGCGUUUCGUUAGUACACCCGAGGUUUUAGAACUAGUGAGCACCUUAGAUGCUGAGAUGUCUCAACUAGAAGCAGCCCGGAGAAUAUAUUCACAGGGAUCAUCAGACCAGCUUUCCGGUGGGGGUAAAUCAAGCUCAGCAACAGCGGCCGAUGCAACAAAGAAGGAACUUUUGAGGGCAAUUGACGUGAGGCUGGCAACGGUGAAGCAGGACCUGGCUACAUCUUGUGCUCGUGCCGAGGCUGCUGGGUUUAACCAUGAGACAGUAGCAGACCUCCAGUUAUUUGCAGAGAGGUUUGGUGCCACCCGCCUAAACCAAGCGGCCUCUAAAUACGUUUCACUCUACCAUACUCGCCCGGACUUAUUCAACAAUCCAUCAUUCAACUCCGAUCAACCCAUCCACCAUGACCCACCAACCACCACCGCCACCUUCGAACAAGCUUCAACCACUUCCCACCCACUCAAAUCACUCUCUUCCUCCGCCACUUUCCCUUUAACUCGUGCCGGCGCUUCCACAACUCAAGACUCCACCGUCCAUGCAGAUGACUCGGUUUUUGUGAAGAAGGAAGAGGGUGAGGAUCCACCGGUUCAGACAUCUUCUAGGCGGCUCAGCGUGCAAGACCGUAUUAAUCUUUUUGAGAACAAACAGAAAGAGGUAGCUCCUGCCACCGGAAGUGGCUCCAAACCUGCCGUUACCAAGCCGGAUCUCCGUCGGCUUUCUUCUGAUGUUUCACAUUCAAAUUCACCUCCUCCUCCGCCGCCCGCCGUUCUCAGAAGAUGGAGUGGUGCCAGCGACAUUAUUGAUUUAACUUGUGACAGAAAAGACGAUCAGAAAGAUACACCCACGGACGUCUCCAACGAUCAGGAAAUUGGUAGUUCUAAUCUGAGCAAGGGUGGAACAAGUUCCACAAUACAGUUGGUCAAGUCUGAAACAUCCGUGGGGUCAAAUCAGCUGACUUCUACUUUGGAAACGACUCAGUCUUUAACUUACUUAAUCAAGUCCGAGGAUGUCUCUUCAGAGUCUCAGGUAAAACCCGGUUCGCGAAUCAAUUCUUUUCGUGGUGAUCAAGUGAAAUUCGAUCCUUCAACUGUCGGCCCCUCUGAGGAGAGCGAUCUUGCCACAAUGACUUUGAGGGCUCCUCCCAAGAAGACGGCACCGGAUUCUGGGUAUCCGGGAGGUGGUUCUGGGUCAAAGAUUCAGGAAGCAUUUGCUGCUUCGCAGCAGAGACAAUUAGAGGUCGGUUUAUUACGUUCCCAACCCAAGUUGAAUACUUCAUCGGAGUCUGAGGAAGUUCGAAAGAAAGAGGAAGAGCAAAUUGUCGAAUCUGGACCCCAAAAGUUGAAGUUCCAAAAGCAAGUUAAAAAGGAUGACGGCGGAUAUGCUUAUGGGUAUAGUAGUACCCCGCCAUCUGGUAAACUUUAUCAGGGGCAAUAUGGUUCAAUGCUGAUGGAAGCUUCUACCGAACAAGUACACAGGUCGAGGCAAUUGAAAGGGAACCAAGAACUCAAUGACGAGCUUCAAAUAAAAGCAAAUGAGCUCGAAAAGCUUUUCGCAGAGCAUAAGCUUCGAGUUCCUGGAGAUCAACCUAACCCUACACGGCAAAAAAAGGCUUCUGAUGUGGAACCUGAUCAGAUAACUAGAUUUUCGUACAGAAAACAGGUUGCAGAUCCUGUUCUGGAACAGCAAAUGACAUUUGAGUCUCCAGUUCCAGUGAUGGAAACAGAUGAUCAGAAUCACAACUAUUUGGUUGCCAAGGUUGGAUUUUCUGAGGAAUUGAGAGGAAAUUUAUACGUAAGCUACAUGAAGAAAAGAGAUACAAGACUACGGGAAUUAUGGGAUUCUAAUAGAGCCGAGAAAGAAGCUAGGAUGAAAGCCAUGCAUGAUAGCCUCGAGUGCCAUACUACCGAAAUGAAAGCUAAACUUUCGUGGUCUGCAGAUCGACAGAAUUCUGUAUCUAGUGCUCAGCGUCGUGCAGAAAGGCUAAGAUCGUUUAAUGCUCGUUCGGCUUUAAAAAGAGAAGAGCCGCUAGAUUUUGGGCAGCUUCAAGAUGACGGAGAUUUGUCUGAAUUUUCCGAGAUGAAACCUUCUGGUUUUUGUGUUUCGAGGAACAUUCAAGGUAAAAAGCCGUCACCCGCGAUUCCAAGAUCAGCGCCCAAACUGGCUUCUGGCUCGGGGAGACGGAGGGCACAACCUGAUAACCCUCUUGCGCAGUCUGUCCCCAACUUUUCCGACCUUCGGAAAGAAAAUACCAAGCCUUAUUCAACAGCUAGCAAAGCAGCAGCUCGGUCUCAGUUAAGAAACUAUACGCGCAGCAGAAGCACGAAUGAAGAGGUGCCAUCUGUCAAGGAAGAGAAGUCGCGACGGUCUCAAUCCUUGAGGAAGACUGGCAUGACUUCACUUGAGAUCUCAGAAGGUGUCAACGAAGAGCAGGGUGAAGGUGGUAGAAUGAAAUUCUCGAAAACCGUGGAGCCAAAGCGGUUUCUGAGAAAGAAUACUGGCAUAGGACCUGGUUCCGGAAGUGUUAUUGCCAAAAUGAAGGCUUCAAUGGUGUCUGAAGCUAUGAAUAACGAGGAAGAGUAUGAUAAACAGGUGAUUGAGCCAAAUGUGAUUAAAGAUGAUGGCGAAGAAGAGCUGGAUGCCAUGGAAACCGAAGAUCAAGAUGUUGUAGACGGGGUUGAGUCUCAAACGAGUCCUGAAUCCGAGGCGUUGAUCAAUUCUGGAUCCGAAAAUGGCAGCACAUCACAGUCGUUUUUGCAAGUGGACCAUACUUUGGUUGCUGAAUUGCCUGCUACCGUGAAUUCCGCAUUUCUGGUGCAAGAAUCGCCUGGUGAAAGCCCGAUGUCAUGGAAUUCACGCACCAAUUAUCCGUUCUCUUAUGCUCACGAGGCAUCUGAUGCCGAUGCAGACGCCUCUCCGAUACGGAGUCCCGCGUCUUGGAAUCUACAAGAAGCUGAUGCAGCUCGAAUGAGGAAGAAAUGGGGGAUGACUCAAAAACCUACUCUUGCCAACUCUUCUGGUCUUCAAUCUCGCAAGGAUAUGACAAAAGGAUUCAAACGAUUGCUGAAAUUCGGAAGGAAAAGUCGCAACACGGAGAGUUUGGCUGAUUAUAUUUCUGCUACAACUUCUGAGGGAGACGACGAUACUGAAGAUGGAAGAGAUCCUGCAAAUCGGUCAUCAGAGGAUCUGAGGAAAUCAAGAAUGGGAUACUCGCAACCGGAAGUUAGUUUCAACGAGAGCGAUUUUUACGUGAAUACAUUGCAGAGUUCGAUUCCAGCACCUCCGGCAAACUUCCGACUGAGGGAGGAUCAUCUGUCUGGAAGCUCUAUAAAAGGGCCUCGAUCAUUCUUUUCUUUGUCAACGUUCCGGAGCAAGGGAAGUGAGUCAAAGCCAAGAUGAGAUUUUAAGUAUUCAUAGGUACAUAUAUAUAAAUAGGAGAUGUAUAUCUUGUUGGAUAUUGUUAUUGUUGAUUUUGGUAGAAUUUUUAAAAUUUAAUUUUAUACUUUAAUCUAA